AUGAAACUUAAACCAUAUGAUGUUUGUGAUACCUUAGGUCGGCAGCGGACUAGUUUUGGGCAAGAUAAGCUCCUGCUACUACCUAAGCAUGAUCUGUUUAUACGACAAACAUAUUUCCAUACCUACAGAAAACCUGGUAACAAAGACCACAAGAAGGUUCAAGAUCGUCUCCAAUGUAUUCUGAAAUUAAGUGCCUACAUCUGGAUUCUGGUGGCUACCAGCCUUACAUUCUCCCACAUCGAGCAAAUAAACGAUUUUGAUGAAUGCAUUAAGAGAAUAUGGCAUUGGAAGGAUAUCUAUCCUAUCUCUGAACAUCUGGAAGAAAGUGCUCGUGGGAUAUUAAAAGGUCUUGACAAGCAGAAGGAAAGAAUAAUGCAGGGUAACGCACAAGAGUAG